CGCAGCAAAGAGAUGGUAGAGGUGCAUAUUGAAAAGGGUAUGAGACAUGGUCAGCGUAUACCAUUCCGAGGGAUGGCCGAUGAGGACAGCCCCGAUGUUGAGCCCGGCGACUUGGUCAUUGUUUUGAAGCAGAAAGAAGAUACAGGUGGCUUCACUAGAAAAGGAAAUGAUUUAUUUAUUCGUCGUAGCGUAACUUUACUGGAAGCACUAACGGGAUAUACGACUGUUGUAAAUCACUUGGAUGAUCGAAAAUUGAUAAUUCG